GUUGAACAAAGUGAUGUGAUGCAAGCAGUGAAAUGGUGGCUGGUGUAUGCAUGAUGAAGCAGCUGCCCACUAUAUUGAUAUGAUUGAUCAAACUACUCUUGGUCAUCGUUUGAUAAAGAAACAGUUUAACCAUGUUCCUCGAGUUGGUUGGCAGAUCGAUCCGUUUGGGCAUUCUGCGGUGCAAGGCUACUUACUAGGAGCAGAGCUUGGUUUCGACUCUGUAUUCUUUGCAAGGAUUGACUACCAGGACAGAAUAAAACGUACAGCGGACAAAUCACUUGAAGUCAUUUGGCGUGGUUCAAGAACAUUGGGCCGAUCAUCCCAGAUUUUUGCAAGCGCUUUCCCUGUUGAUUACAGCCCUCCACAAGGAUUUCAUUUUGAAGUGAAUGAUUUCGAUCCUCCUGUCCAGGAUGAUCCUCAUCUUUAUGACUACAAUGUUAAUGAGCGUGUAAAUGAUUUUAUUAACGCUGCUCUGGUUCAGGCUAAUGUGACACGAACAAAUCAUAUUAUGUGGACAAUGGGUGAUGAUUUCCAGUAUCAGUAUGCUGAAUCUUGGUUCAAGGAAAUGGACAAGCUUAUUAAUUAUGUUAACGAGGAUGGCCGUAUCCAUGCACUGUAUUCCACACCUUCAAUUUAUACCGAUGCAAAAUAUGCUUCCAAUGAAGCUUGGCCAUUGAAAACAGACGACUAUUUCCCAUAUGCAAAUGCACCCAAUGCUUAUUUUACUGGCUAUUAUACUAGCCGGCCAACAUUCAAGAGAUUUGUUCGAGUGUUAAGUGCUUAUUACCUGGCUGCACGGCAACUAGAGUUUCUCGUAGGACGGAAACAUUCUGGUCCAUUGACAUUUCCCUUGGGAGAGGCUUUGGCUGUUGCUCAGCAUCAUGAUGCUAUCUCUGGCACUUCAUUACUCCAUGUAACAAAUGACUAUACAAAACGCCUUGCUUAUGGAGCUUCUCAGGCUGAGAUGGUUAUUGACCUUGCUAUUCCUUGUCUUUCUAUUCCGACUGAGAAAUGUGCUUCCAAUUCCUCAUCAAUAAAGUUAAGCCAGUGCAAUUUGGUCAAUAUAAGCUACUGCCCGUCUACAGAGGAAAUUUCCAAUGGGAAGAAUUUAGUAAUGGUAGUUUAUAAUUCUCUUGGAUGGAAUCGUACAGAGUACAUUAGAGUUCCAGUUGAUGACAACCAGAUUGUUGUACGGGAUGCUAAUGGAAAUUUUGUUGAGACUCAAGUUAUUGAGAUGGACAAUACUACAAAGGAAAUAAGAAAUUUUUAUGUCAAAGCAUACCUUGGAGAACAACCAAAAGAUUCUCCAAAGUUCUGGCUUGUUUUUAAAGUACUUGUGCCACCAUUGGGAUGGAAUACUUAUUAUAUUUCAAAAGCAACCAGGAAAGAAGGAAACAAUUCAAAUUGUUUUACCUCAACUAUAUCAGCUCCUGAUAAUGAAACAGUGGAGAUAGGACCUGGGUCUCUUAAAAUUGCCUUCUCGCCGACUACUGGGAAGCUAGAAAGAAUGGUGAAUUAUAGAACAGGAGUUGAUCUGUACGUGCAACAAAAUUAUCUCUGGUAUGGUUCUAGUCCGGGUGACAAGGAAGAUUCACAGGCAUCUCAUGCUUACAUUUUCCGGCCUGAUGGAAGUCCUCCUACAGCUGCUUCAGGAUUGGUAUCUAUGAAAAUCGUAAGAGGGCCUUUAGUAGAUGAAGUCCAUCAACAAUUUAACUCGUGGAUAAAUCAGGUCACAAGAAUAUACAAGGACAAGGAAAAUGUUGAGUUUGAAUAUACUAUUGGCCCGGUCCCAACUGAUGGAGUUGGAAAAGAGGUUAUUACUCGGUUGGCGACCACCAUGGUCACGAAUAGGACAUUUCAUACCGACUCUAAUGGAAGAGAUUUCCUAAAACGGGUGCGAGAUCAUAGAGACGACUGGAACCUUACUGUGAAUCAACCUGUUGCUGGGAAUUACUACCCGAUUAACUUGGGAAUGUAUAUAGAAGAUGAGAACUAUGAGCUUUCUAUACUUGUAGAUCGUGCUUGUGGAGGAUCUAGCAUCCAAGAUGGUCAAUUGGAGAUCAUGCUUCAUAGGCGCAUACUCGAUGUUGAAGGAAGUUUUCUUGGAGAAGCCCUUAAUGAGACAGUUUGUGUAGAUGAUGUUUGUCGGGGUCUCACGGUUAGGGGAAAUUACUACAUGAACAUCAACAGAUUAGGAAGCGGAGCACAGUGGCGGCGGACAAAUGGUCAGCAGAUCUACUCUCCUGUUCUUUUAGCAUUCACAUACGAGGAUGAGAGAAAUUGGAAAUCUACUCAAAUCACAAAAGCUACUUCUAUGGAUCCCGGCUACUCUUUACCCCCUAAUGUUGCACUCAUUACACUCGAGGAAUUAGAUGAUGGCACUGUGCUCCUGCGUUUGGCCCAUUUAUAUGAGGCUGGUGAGGAUGCCCUGAAUUCUGCACUGGCUAAGGUGGAAUUGAAGAAGAUCUUCGCGCAUAAAAUGAUUAAGGAACUGAAGGAGACAAGUUUAUCAGCAAAUCAAGAUAAGUCAGAGAUGAAGAAAUUGAACUGGAGAGCAGAGGGUGACAGUGGAGACAAUCCUGCCCCAGUUAGAGGAGGCCCUGUGAACAAUUCUACCUUAAUUGUGGAGUUAGGCCCUUUGGAAAUUCGCACUUUUCUUUUGAGAUUCUAAGGAGCCUGCGAGCGAAUGCUCGAAUGUAUGGUAUACUGGUUGAAAAUAAAAUAUAAAAUUUCAAAAUGUCGGGUUCGAGUGAUCGCCGUGCCUGCAUAGUUUUUUAUCAAUUUCUCCAUAGUUUAAUUUGUCCAUAGUUUGGUCGUGGCACGUGUGCAAAUAUAUGGAUGUUUACUUUAUAAAUAUUAAUAUUUUGGGUGUUUGUUAUGCACAUUUAGGGAAUAUAUUCAAUUGGAAAUAAGCUAUUUCAUAAGAAAACUA